AUGUCAUCGGUAAAGGUAGCCGUUCGCGUGCGUCCCUUCAAUGACCGUGAGAGGAACAUGAAUGCACAGCUAUGCAUUAGCAUGGAAGGGAAAGCCACAACAAUUGAAAAUGAAGAAGAACCCAAGAGUGGAAAAAAAACAUUUACCUUCGACUUUUCGUACUGGUCUCACGACGGCUUUGAAAAUGAUGAAACAGGAUACUCACGACCCAUAAGCCCAAAGUACGCAGAUCAGCAACGUCUGUAUAAUGAAAUUGGAAAGGAUGUGCUAAACAAUGCUUAUGAAGGCUACAACGCAUGCCUCUUCGCUUAUGGGCAGACUGGAGCUGGUAAGAGCUAUUCCAUGGUGGGAUACGGUGCCAACAAGGGUAUCAUAGUCCGCGCGUGCGAGGAAAUAUUCAUGCGUAUCGGGGCAAAUAAAGACCCUAAUCUACGUGCGGAAGUGCAAAUUAGCAUGCUAGAAAUAUAUAACGAACAAGUGCAAGAUCUGCUGAUGCCGAUAGAGAAACGGCCAAAAGGAGGUCUCAAGAUCAGACAUACUCCCCAGCUAGGAACCUUUGUGCAAGACCUUUCGAAGUGCCCUGUUGAUUCAUACGCAGCCAUACAAGCGAAACUUGACGAAGCUGAGACUGGAGAGCCUGUCUCGCAAAAAUCUUCAGAGAUCAGCUUAGUAGACCUUGCUGGAAGUGAAAGAGCUGGAUCUACGGGGGCGACAGGAGAUCGUUUGAAGGAGGGUUGCGCUAUCAACCAAAGCCUUAGUGCGCUAGGAAAUGUGAUAUCUGCUCUCGCAGAUAAGGCUGCUGGCAAGCUGAAGCCCGGACAGGUUGUGCCGUACAGGGACUCUGCUCUUACACGCAUCCUGCAGACGGCCCUUGGAGGGAACAGCAAGACUUGCAUGAUAGCUGCACUAUCACCAGCAACAGUUAAUUAUGAAGAAACUCUUAGCACUCUCCGCUAUGCAGACAGAGUGAAGCAAAUAAAAAACGAGGCAACAGUUAAUGAGAAUCCUCUGGAGAAGCUUAUUCGGGAGCUUCGAGAGGAAAAUGAAAGGCUGAAAAAAGCAAUGGGUGGAGGGCUACCAGACAGUCUGCCCAGCUCAGCGCCUGAUCAUCAAAUGGUAGAAGAAAUUAGAAGGCAGUACGAAGAAGAGCUUGAGGCAAACAGGAAAGCUUUGCAGGAUAUGACAACAUCGUGGAAAGACAAGCUUGAAGCCGCGAGAAAAAGGGAAGCCAGCGUUGAAGUCAGAGGCAGUGGACAACUCACAGUGCCUCACCUCAGCAACCUCAAUGAAGACCCGUUCCUUAGUGGAAAAAUUGUCUUCGCUCUGAACGAAGGGCAAGUCACUAUUGGGAAGCCUGGAGGGGAAGUUGAGCCUACGUUCCGCAUUGGAGGCCUCGGUGUGGCUUCCCAGCAUGCUAUUAUCGAUGUGAAACGAAUUCAGCAGAGUGGAAAGGAUACAGGGGAUGAGACCUAUGAAGUGAAGCUGACUGCAUACGGGAAGACGUCCGUCAACGGAGUGGUCCUUGGAGAGACGGAAUCAAAACUGUUGACUCACAAAGAUAGGAUAAUUUUUGGCCAUAAUAAUAUGUACGUCUUCGUUGAUCCGACAGAUAUGGACCAGGAGCUGCCUACAUGGGAAGAAGGCAUGAUGGAAGCAACAAAAGAUGUUGUUGACGAAUUCUCGAGCCAACAAGCUCCUGAUGCUAGGCCAGCCAGGACCGCAGACAAGGAGAAGUGGGAACGUUUGCAGGCAGACCUUCAGCUUUUUGAGUCUGAAAAAAGGGAGCUCAUGCGGAAACUGAAGGAUAAAGAGGCUCUCGUGCUUGCUAGUGAAGAAGACCAAGCGGCAGCAGAAAAGAAGCUAAAGCUAAUUGAAGCUGAGAAACGAGCUGUACAGCAGGAACUCAACAGAAAAGAGGACGAAUUGAAAGCGAGACGGAUGCUUCUGGAAAGGGAAAGAGAGGAAGAGACGAAAAGGCAGGACGCUGAGAGAGCAGCUCACAUUUUUCUUCAAGAAGUUAUGAGCAGAACAGCGCUGCUAGUGGAUGAAGCAAAUGGGUAUGCGCAGGAGCUCGGAGUGGGUGUCUAUUUCUCCCUCAAGCUCAGCACUCGGUCAAGAGGAGCUGGCGGUGUCAGGAGCACGCUUAUUGGCACAUCCUUGCAGCAAACAGAGAUCGUGAUCAGGGUUCAAAGAGCAGACUCAGAUGCCGUCCAGAUCUGGAGACUGGAUUUGUUUGAAAAAAAGAUAUUCGAAAUGAGGGAACUAUAUACGCAGUGGGCAGCUGGACCCAAGACAGAGUCGUAUCUAAAAGGAGGUGCACCAGAUCCGUUUGCACUAGAUAUGGAAAGUUACCAGGCUGAGGUAUUUCCAAUUAUUGAUGCUAACGGGAAGGCCUGUGGGAAGCUCACGCUUUCAGUUGGCAUUGAAGUUCCUGCAAGCCAAAAUGAUCAAACCGGGCCUACCAGCCAAGAAAGCGAUAAUCAAGAAGUAGAUAUAGAUGCGCUGUACUCAGUAGAGGAUAUUAGAGGCCGUGAGAUGGUCGUUACGAUAACGGUUCACUCCGCGAGUGAGUUGCCAGAGAAGUUUUCCAGGCAGCCACAGGUUUUGUACCGAUGGCUCGACGGCGAAACCGAUGUCUUAGCAACUUCAAUGGAGCAAGCUUCGUGCAGUCCCGUGUUCAAUAAUUCAAAGAGCUUCACUCUCUUGGUAGAUGAUUCCACCAUACAAAAAUUGAACGGUGCACUCGUUUUCGAGGUUAGCGGAAGAAUGGUCGAGAAAAAGCCGAAAACGAAGAUAAAGAAGGAGCAUACGGGGAAGGCGACCAACGAAACUGCCAUCCGGAAGGAAUUGGCAGAGAGUACCAGAGUCUUGCAAAUAAUAGAACAAGCACUUAAAACCGAAGGAAAAUCUAUUCAAGACCUUGUUGGCGACUUUUAA